CACGAAAACCCGAAAUCAUCAACCACCACACAGCACAUAUUCCCAUCCCCAAUCACACAACCCCCUCGUCAAAACAAAACCACCGACCGGUCAGCGGGAAAAAGAAAAACCAGCACCCGGCAAUGCCCUCCCACAUCCACGCCGAAGCCGCGCACCACUCCGACCAUGACGACGCCGGGGCGCCUCCACCGACGUACAUAACGGCGCAGGAACUCUCCAAGACGCAAAUCCCGCUCGCCUGGCGCGACUACUGCGCGCACCUGCUGCCGGCGCUGAACGAGUGUCGGAAGCGGGAGUACUACCUGCCGUGGAAAUGCGAAUUCGAGAGGGUCGCGUGGAUGAAGUGUCAGUAUGAUGAUUAUCAACGCCGCAUGCGCAAACUCGCCAAACGCACCGCCAAGCAGGCCUCCGAGCGCGACGCCGCACGCGCCGCCGACGUCAAGGGCGAGUUGGAGUAGAUAUCGACUGCGUUCCGUGGGGGAGGAUCUCAUGGCGCUCGUCGGGGGGCGGGAUAUCAUUGAUCAUUGUGGGGAUGUGGGGGAUGUGCGUGGGAGCGUAGAGCGGGAUAGGCGAUUUGGGUGGCCCGUGGGGAACGGGACGGCGAAGCUCGGGAGGGUAUUGCUGGAGGAUUUUUCGCGAAACCGCGGGGGAUAGAGGUGGCGGUCUGUGGGGGUCACCGUGCACCACACAUCCUUCGCAACCCACAACGCUCAUUGUCGCGGUCACUCUUCCACCCUCCCACCCCAAAUGAACCCUCAGCACGGUGUGGAUUUUUUUUCUCUCGGAUGUAUCAUAGAAUCAGAAACGAGAUAACGCAAAUGCCCGAGGCCAGUGGGGUCGUGGUAUCGGGAGAGAGGAUUUUGCUUUCCCGUUGGCCGGCUGGUGCUUUCGGCCAAUUCUCGAAUUGAGGGACACCCACAGAAUUCCCGACACAGUUUCACCCCCACCUUCACC